CAGUACAUCUUCAAUGAGCUCACGAAAGGCAAACAGAAUGACACGUACUUCAAGGGUUGUGUCACUAAUAUGUUAAGACUGGUUCACGACGAGAACCUCUACACCAGCAAACAGAUCAAGAAGUAUAUCGGCGAACGGUUCCGCACCCGAUGUCACUGUCCGGAGUGGUUUACAGACGAAGAGAUCGCCGAUUAUCUGUUCCGCGAAUGCAUUGCAAUACACCUGAACUCAACUCAAGACAAAUUCAAUUUAUUAGUAUUUAUGACGAGAAAGUUGUUUGCCUUCGCGAAGGGCGAGUGCGCUCCAGAGAAUCCGGACAAUCCUAUGUUCCACGAGAUCUUCCUCAGCGGUCACAUCUAUUUCACGCUUCUUCUGGAGCGGCUUUCCCUAUAUCUGGUGUCCGUUAAACAAGUGAUCGAUAAAUUACUUUUGACGGCUGAAAAGAGUGGCAACAGAUCUGUCUUAACUUCAACCAUAUUGAAGAAAGCGUUGACCGCUAAGUACAGUGAGAUUACGCGACCCCUCGAAUACCUGUUAACUACCGGAAACCUGCGCUCCAAGUCUGGUCUAGGAUUACAACAAAUGGCCGGCAUUACAGUUAUGGCCGAUAAGAUUAAUUGGUGGCGCUUUUUGUCACAUUUCCGGGCCGUCCAUAGGGGACAGUUUUUUGCUGAAAUGAAAACCACUGCCUGUCGUAAGCUCUACCCCGAGGCCUGGGGUUUCUUAUGUCCCGUACACACGCCCGACGGCUCUCCUUGUGGUCUACUCAACCAUUUGGCAGAGAUGUGUCUUAUAACUAACCAUCAGUCGACUAUUCGUAGCGUUUUGGAAAUUUUGUCCAACGCUGGGGUCCAACCACUCGACUGUCCCAUCAUUAUAGACGACAGUUACCUAAACGUGUCACUCGACGGCAAAAUGAUUGGUUACCUGAAGGAGAUAUUGGCCGCCGAUGUGGUGAACCAAUUGCGCACAUUUAAGGCCACAAACCAACACAAAAUCCCUCCCACUCUGGAGAUUGGUUUCAUCCCGAAGACCGACAAAGCGACUCAAUAUCCGGGAAUAUUCCUCUUCUCAACGCCCGCACGAAUGAUGCGUCCGGUGUUUAAUCUGAAGACACAGUCACUGGAACUGAUCGGAACCUUCGAACAGGUCUACCUUGACAUCUGUGUCACCGCUACAGAACUGAUUCCCGGUGUGACCACUCACCAGGAGCUCAAGGAGACCAGUAUAUUGAGUGUAUUGGCCACUCAGAUACCGUUCCCCGAUUUCAAUCAAAGUCCUCGUAAUAUGUAUUCGUGUCAAAUGGGGAAACAAACGAUGGGUACUCCGAGUCAUACCAUUAAGUACAGGUCAGACAACAAGUUGUAUACCAUUCUGUCGCCGCAAUCGUGUUUAGUCAGACCUGUGGCUCAUGACUACUACGAGGGCGACAACUAUCCGCUCGGAACCAAUGCUGUGGUGGCCGUCAUCUCAUACACGGGCUAUGAUAUGGAAGACGCCAUGAUUUUGAAUAAGGCGUCCGUCGAAAGGGGUUUCAAACACGGAUCCAUUUAUAAGACAGAAAUCGUUGAUUUGCGUGAACUCGCAGGCGUUAAAGGGAAGUCCACUGAAAUUGUCUAUCAGUUUGGCCGCAAAGAAGAUAAUACAAGUUUGGAUGGAUUUGUCGAUUUGGAUGGAUUGCCAUUUAUUGGCACAAAAGUCGAAUACGAGUCCCCGAUCUGUAGUUAUAUCGACUCCUCCACCGGCGAGACGAAAGUCAAGAAAUAUAAAUCCAUGGAAACGGCGUUCAUUUACGACGUGAAACUCUUGGGCAAUGAUUCUGGCAGAUCAGUGCUCCAAUCGGUGGCCAUCACCUACUGGAUCCAUAGGCCGCCCAUCAUUGGUGACAAGUUUGCCAACAGACACGGACAGAAGGGGGUCUGCAGUGUUCUCUGGCCUCAGGAGAACAUGCCGUUCACUGAGGGCGGUAUGACUCCAGACAUUAUCUUUAAUCCGCACGGCUUUCCCUCUCGUAUGACAAUCGGACAAAUGAUUGAAUCCAUGGCCGGAAAGACAGCCUCAAUGUACGGCACAGUACACGACGCGACACCCUUUGUCUUCAGCGAAGAGAACGUGGCGUCAGAUUAUUUCGGAAAACUCUUGGAAAACGUUGGAUUCAAUUACUAUGGAACGGAACGCAUGUAUAGCGGUGUGGACGGACGCGAACUGACGGCAGACAUCUUCAUUGGUGUCAUUUACUACAUCCGCUUAAGACAUAUGGUUGGCGACAAAUAUCAGGUCCGCUCCACCGGUCCCAUCGAUCAGCUGACGCACCAACCGGUGAAAGGCCGCAAACGUGCCGGUGGUAUACGAUUCGGUGAAAUGGAAAGGGACUCACUCUUAGCCCACGGAACCUCUUUCCUCCUUCAGGACAGACUCUUCAAUAAUUCGGACAAAACUAUUGCCUUCAUUUGUCAGAAGUGUUGUUCAUUGAUAUCUCCGUACUGUGCGGCCAUUAACGACAACUACGAUACGGGACCCAAGAAGUCAUGGAAGUGCCGGUUGUGUGACUCGAGUGAACACAUCCGCCAAAUAGCCAUCCCUUAUGUCCUCCAAUUUCUGGUCGCAGAGUUGGCCGCCGUUAACAUUAAAGUUAAGUUUGAAGUGAAGAGUUGAGUCCAGAGUUUGUGUUAAAUUUAUUUUUUAAAUUAAUAAUUGAGUGAUAAUUACGAUAAUUAUUAUAAAUUAAUUUAACUUUUUUGUUACCAAUUUCUAUAUACCGUAAAUGCU